AGCAUUUGAAGCCUUUGAUCGUCAACAAUGGGAAACAUUGUAACGCCUUUCAAACAACAACAACCUUCUUCAUUUGCUUACCAGCCUCUCACCGACCCUCUACUUUCAGUGGAGGCACAAAACGAGAAUAUGAGAGUCUUCAGAUUUACGGAUUUGAAGAAAUUAACCAAGAAUUUCAGACAAGACAGGGUAGUAGAAUGUGAAAAUGGCUCUGUUCGAAAAUUCUACAAGGGAUACAUCGAUGAAACCACAUUUGCUCCAUCAAGAACUGAAACAGGAAUCGCUGUUUCUGUCAUGAAAUUGGGAUGUGAUAGGUCAUGCUCUCUACAGGAAUGGAUGGAAAUAGUGAGGUCUCUAGAACACAUUUCUCAUCCUAGUUUGGUCAAGCUUUUGGGUUACUGUUGUGAAGAUAACAAAUCACUCUUCUUGGUUUUCGAAUACUCGCACAGAGUAAGCUUGGACCGUUACAUUUUCGGAAGUUAAGAUCUCUUCCCAAUUAUAACAAUCUGUAUAUAUAGAUAAUAUCUGCAUUACAUAUAGAGUUUCAUGUUUCCCUCAACAGAAGAAGAAGAAGCAUUGACAUGGGAAAUACGGGUUAAGAUAGCCAUUGGAACAGCUAAAGCUCUUGUCUUUCUCCACUCGAUCAACAACAACCCGCUAAAUCGAGAACUUAGAAUGCAUAACAUUAUGCUUGACGAGCAAUACAAUGUUAAAUUGUUUUAUGUUGAUUCAAACAAACAACAUCGUUUGGUAGACGAAGGUCACACUGCGGGAAGAUUUAAAUGUCCACCUCCUGAAUAUUCGUCAGUAACGCAUGCAGGUCGUUUGGGAAAGGAGUCCGAUGUUUACGUCUUUGGUAUGAUAUUGCUUGAGCUUUAAACUGGUUCGACAUACAAAAAGAUAUUCCAGUACAAGAAACGCUUAGGUGUCUGCACUACGUCUCUCUUGCCCCAUAAUUAUAAGGUUGCGGAAAUAAUUGAUCCCCGGCUUGGGAACAAUUAUCCAGUGGAUGCGGCGACACAGAUGGGUACACUCAUCAACAGAUGCACCGAGCAGGAUACCAAGAAACGACCAUUGAUGCAACAAGUUUUGGAUAGUUUGAAUGAUA